AACGCGGGUGCCCGAGACAACUUGCUAGCGGGAACGUGCUGCCUAUGACCAACCGAUGUGUCUUUCAUUAUAGACAGCAUAAUUGUUCUUAUUUACCCGCAGAAAGUUCGGGAAAUCCUAAACGGAUAUUAUACGGGAACACACAAGGCACCAAAUAACGGACGAUACAUCUGAAUCGUAGAGGGAAAUUUGACAAAAAUGUCCGAACUCCUAAGCUGCGUGGAACAGCGGGAAGAACCGACUGAAGUUCCAAAACCCGAACCAGCAGAGGAGAAGGAAGAGUCUUCAGAUGAAGGGAAAGAGUCGGCCUCAGAGGCUGGGGCUGAUGUACAAGAUGCCACUUCCUCUACCAAACCUAAAGAAACUGGUCUGGGGUAUGAGGAGAAAGUGCUCACAGACCGGACCAACAGAUUUGAGUACCUGCUCAAGCAAACAGAGUUGUUUGCUCAUUUCAUCCAACCAGCCGCACAGAAGACCCCCACCUCCCCGCUGAAGAUGAAGCCAGGGCGUCCUCGCAUGAAGAACGAUGAAAAACAGAAUCUGCUGUCUGCCGGAGACAACCGACACCGCCGCACAGAGCAAGAGGAGGACGAAGAGCUUCUGAGCGAGAGCACCAAAACUACUAACGUCUGCGUUCGCUUUGAUGACUCCCCCUCCUAUGUCAAACAAGGGAAAAUGAGAGACUAUCAGGUCCGGGGUCUGAACUGGCUCAUAUCUUUGUAUGAGAACGGCAUCAACGGCAUCCUCGCUGAUGAAAUGGGUUUGGGGAAGACUCUGCAGACCAUUUCUCUGCUGGGUUACAUGAAGCAUUACAGGAACAUCCCUGGUCCCCACAUGGUGCUAGUGCCCAAGUCCACCCUCUACAACUGGAUGAAUGAGUUCAAGAGAUGGGUGCCUUCGCUGCGCGCCGUCUGCCUGAUCGGAAGCAGAGAGCAGAGGAAUGCCCUGGUCAGAGAUGUGCUGCUGCCCGGAGAAUGGGAUGUGUGCGUCACAUCCUACGAGAUGCUCAUCAUUGAAAAGGCAGUGUUCAAGAAGUUCAACUGGAGAUACCUGGUCAUUGACGAAGCCCACAGAAUCAAGAAUGAGAAAUCAAAGCUGUCAGAGAUCGUGCGAGAAUUUAAGACCACCAAUCGUUUGCUGCUGACCGGAACCCCCCUGCAGAACAACCUCCACGAGCUGUGGGCUCUGCUCAACUUCCUGCUGCCCGACGUCUUUAACUCAUCAGAGGACUUUGAUUCCUGGUUCGACACAAACAACUGCUUGGGUGAUACCAAGUUGGUGGAACGUCUUCACACUGUGCUGCGUCCCUUCUUGCUCCGUCGUAUCAAAGCGGACGUAGAGAAAAGUCUGCUUCCGAAAAAAGAGAUCAAGAUGUACGUGGGCCUGAGUAAGAUGCAGCGAGAGUGGUACACAAAGAUCCUGAUGAAGGACAUCGACAUUCUGAACUCAGCGGGUAAGAUGGACAAGAUGCGUCUGCUGAACGUUCUCAUGCAGCUGAGGAAAUGCUGCAACCACCCGUACCUGUUUGACGGGGCCGAGCCCGGACCCCCGUACACCACCGACAGCCAUCUGGUGGUGAACAGCGGCAAGAUGGUGGUGCUGGACAAGCUGCUACCCAAGAUGAAGCAGCAGGGCUCUCGUAUCCUCAUCUUCAGUCAGAUGACCCGGGUGCUGGACAUCUUGGAGGAUUACUGCAUGUGGAAGAACUAUGGCUACUGCCGCCUGGAUGGCCAGACGCCGCACGAGGAGAGACAGAUCUCUAUCAACGCAUACAAUGAGCCCAACAGCUCCAAGUUUAUCUUCAUGUUGAGCACCAGAGCUGGAGGACUGGGUAUCAACCUGGCUACAGCUGAUGUGGUCAUCCUGUACGACUCGGACUGGAACCCCCAGGUCGACCUGCAGGCCAUGGUGAGUACAUCCCUAGUCCUAACAUGAACCAGGUGCUGGAGAGCUUUAAUUUCAGGGGAGUUGACCAUCCAUCCAUCUUCUCCCGCUUAUCCGUGGUCGGGUCGCGGAGGUAGCA